AAUCUAAUUGGCUUUAUAAACAAAUCCCAUACGUCAAAAUCUUACAUUUUUCUUCUUAUCGUCUGGCAUUCCUUUGUCGCCUUUUCUUGUUAUCGUCUGCCUUCUUUUUUCCGUGUUCAGUUGCUCAUAUCUCAAUGGAUUCAACAGGAGAUGGUAAGAGUUGUUGUAAUGUUGAUGAAGUUGGAAUUCAGAUUUUCCGAGAGUUUCAUAAAAUUAUGGAAGUGGUUGAUGGAAAGCCUGAUCAAAUGGGUCCUUUGUUGAUUGAUAUGGAGAAGCUGACAUUGAAAUAUUUGAUUUUGAAUUCGGCGUCAGAAGAGGGUAAGCGAAAGGCUUGUGAGCAUAUUUAUGGUGUAAAAUUCCCAGAAAAGAUCACAGUGUUGCCGCCUGCUGUAAAUAACUCAAAAGAAAUGAAAAAGAAGAUAAGAGAGCAAAACAGAAUGUGGAAGCGCAUGAAGACAGACCCUUGGUUAAUAUCUGCCAGAGAGUAUAUGGAGAAACAUAAAUAAUUAACAACACUGUUUCUUUCAAUUUUUGGUAUCAAGUUAUGUGUUUUUAGGCAUGCCACAAUCUACUAGUAUCAUCUUAUAUAUGUUUGUUUUUCAAUCAAUUUCGAAUAAUAUUACUUUGCGUUUGAUGCCAACAUAUUUUGUAGAUUACGUUUUAAAUUCUGUGGAUAUAUAUUCCAACUUUUCGCU